UUUGAGACGCGCAAAGGGCCACAUGCUGCCUCACAUCGGGACCAUGCAGACCACCUCCAGCCUGCUGAGCGAGGCGCUGCUCUGCGCACUGCUGCUGCUCUCCAGCACCAGAGGAGCCGAAGUGUUGGACACCGAGUCCGAAGAGGAGCUGAGCCCCAGAGCUCUGCGGGACUUCUACCCCAAAGGUCCGAACCUGACCAGUGAGAAGCAGCUGCUUGGAGCUCUCCAUGAAGUUCUGGAAAAGCUGCAGGCUAAACGACUGCCUUCAUGGGAAAAGAAAUUUGGCCAAGUCCCAACGUGUGAUAUCGGGGAGCAGUGCGCCGUGCGUAAAGGCGCUCGGAUCGGCAAGAUGUGCGACUGUCCCCGGGGAGCUUUCUGCAACUUUUUCCUGCUAAAGUGCUUAUGAGCAUCGCUGGAUCUGAAUGUAGCAUUGCAAAGAGAAAAGCUUCACUCGAUUCCUUUGUAAAUACUGUCAUAUUUUUUUAUGGAACAGCUGAGGAGGUGGGGUCACUGCCCAACCCGUAAGAAAAAUAAGUAUAAUAGUUCAAUAAUGGGCAGCAUAUAUAUUUUAAAGUGAAGUAAAAACUAGGAUAUUGGCGAGGAGAUGACCAUAAAAACCCAUAAAGCUUAUUAAUAUUCAGAAUCACCUAAUGUCAGUAGGAAAACCACAGGAUCAUUGUUGUGACGUAGGAGCUUAUAAAGAACCCACAAUGCACCUAAUUAAGUAUCGAGGACCACGUACACACUGUUCAGUCUCAACAGCAAUAUUAUGGGAAUAUUAUAAUGAUUCUUCGUCUGGGCAAAUCCAAAAAUCUGUGUUUUGAACUUGAACUAUUUGAUUUCAGAUGAAUGUUUUGUGUAUGAAAUCAUGAUAAUAAACAUCAUUAUUGUUUUGUAAAGCAGUGGAGUGAUGGCAUAUGUUGUUAUGUAAACACAUUAAACACUUUUAUAACGCACAUGAUUUGACUUUCCUCCUUUUUUUUAAAGACCUCAGUCAAUAUUUGAAGAAUGACGUGGAUCUGACAAUGAGCUGUGACGUCACACCCAACGGGGUGCUGCCAGGCUCCUUCAUUUUCAAUAACCAGGGCGGGCUCAUGAUUAAAUCCCAAUUGUGCUGCAGAGGAAGUAGUUAUGAAGCAGAGAGUGACUGUCACAGCUCAAUCUGAGCCCCAGGAGCUGCCCCAGGCUGUUUACCACAUCACACGCAUGAAAGAAGAUUAACCUGCAGAACAUUCAUUCAGAUUAGACUGACCUAAAACUCAAGAAAAGAUCUUUAUUUUAUUCAUGGAAAAUAUUUGUAACCUCUUAUUUAAGCUUUAAUGUCAACAUAUCGAUUUUGAUUUGCAGCUUUGACUUAAAGUCCCUCUUCUUCACACAAAAAUGUGUUAUGCCUUUUGUACUUGUUUGUACUGGGAUGUUUGACCUUCACUGCAGAAUGAUGCUAACAUCAAUCUGAAGUGCCUGACCCUUAAAUCUGAG